AUGCCCGUGGGUAAAGAGGCAAACGCCCGUUCCCAGCCCGCUGAGGGCAGGCCAAGCAAGCAGAGAAGGCGCCAGGUGGCUCACAGGCAGCCUGAGGAAGCGCCGCAGGGCAGCCCGAGACAGGCAUCGUCCCACCAUGGGAUCACGCUGCCACGGGUGCCCUACCUGGAGAGGUUUCAGCCUGUCGUCACCCAGCAGGCACAGAUGGGCAGCCUGGGGCACCGAGUGGUGCUGCCCAGCCUCAGCGGCUUGAGACAGGAGCAGAUGCUCCAGCUGCCACCAUUGGUCACAAUGGCACCGCGGCCGCCACCUCGCUCAGAGAGAGCAGUCGGCAGCUGCCGCAGGCUGUCACCUGUAACACCAGCAGCCUCUGCAGCUUCUGGCAGGGUGAGGAACUCGGCCGUUGGCAGCGCAAGCAGCAACCAAGAGCAGCUUCUCAAAACUGCUGCCCAGCUCCACCGUGUCCCCAGUUACGGCAGCAGAGGUGCACGGCCAGAGACCUGUCAGCCUGCCCUGCACAGGUCCAAAGCCUCUGCUCCCACAGGUGAGAGCUCAGGCAGCAUGAGCACAGUGCUGCAGAGGUGCAGCACCGGGAGCCAGCGACGUCACCAGCAGCCAGUGGCACGGCAGGAGCCAGCACAAAGCAGGGCUGCAGGGACACAAGCAAGAGCAGACACUGUCCGUGCAGCCAGCAGCAGCAAGGGCCCAGCCACUCAGCCCACACUCAGAAGCAGUAGGCGAGCAGCAGAGCAGCUGCCAGCAAUUCCAGCAGAACAUAUCACUACGUGCAUCAACACCGAGAUCCCCAGUGUGCACUACAGGCCUGUUGCACAGCGCUUGCCCUCUCUGCCCAGCAAGAUCAAGCCUUUGGAGCCGCCGAAGAGGAGCUGCCUGGUCAGAGCUCCUGAGAAAGAGGAGCACCAGGCACGUCUCACUCCCAUGCCACGGGCGUGGGCUUCUAAUAACGCUGUCCAGAAGGAAGCAGCACCACAGAGACAGAGACAUGGGCCUGCCCUGCAGAACACCAAAGUCCCGGAUGCAGUUUUGCAGGUCACAACAACAUCUGAAAAGAUGAAGCCACUGCUCCUGCCUGUGGCUAUGGUCCAGAGAACCAACAAGAAGCAGGUGGAACAGCAAGGGAUAAGCCAGAAAUUGCAUGUGGAGAUGGCAGAGUUGUCACAGGCAGCACUUAAGGACAAUGAGUUUCCUGUGGCUGCAGAGACUCGGGGAGAGGCAGCUGGAGACCUGGAGAGUGUGUGUCCUGUCCUGGCCGGUGCCACAGACACCGAGCUGGCAGCUCCUCCUCUGGCUGGAGCUGCUGAGGAAGAGCAGCACCCUGCACCUCUCACUUCCGUGGAACAAGAGCAGGAGGAGGAGGAGUCAGCGGCCUUCCCUGAGGAGAACGAUGAGGAGGCCAAGCAGGAACUGGACUGUGUUAGUGACAAAGAGCUGUCCCAAGGGGAAGCCCUCACCAUGUACAACAUCUGCGUCAGCCCUUUGGUGCCAGAGCUCUUCCAGGACUCCCGAGCAGACAUCCAUCUGGAAUCCAGCAUCCGCAGCAAUCUUCUGACCAACCGAGCAGGGGGGCUCUUGCAGCUGCCCUGA